CAACACACCUCUUGCUUUCGUUCCACAACCUGCCUUUUGGGGCUGUUUCACGAACUUGUGGUCAACAUUAAGUCUUGACCAUCCAAGUUGGUCGUGCGGACGAUAUCAACUGAUGGCUGAGCCUCCCCAGACUGAUGUCUCCCGUCCCUCGGCAUUGCCCACAGCCAAGUUACUUCAGCGCCCCACUUUCAAUCAGGCUCUCGUCGAUCAGAACUCAGAUGAUUACCUUGAUGCGAUCGAGGAAGAAUGGAACAAGAAACUAGACGCUGAGGUGGAAAUAUUGGUUGAUGGUAUGGUCGACAUCGUUAGUCUAGCAUCGAUUGGGGACAAGGACAAGUUUCGAAUCGCACAAGAAUCAUUUCAGGCCGAAUCUCGUGCCGAGUCUAUGGUAUGAAAUCAAGCCCUGUCAACUACGAGUCGCUCAUCAUCAAAACGAUCCAGGUCCGUGCAGCUAAUUCGCUGU